CCUCUGUUAAAGAUUUUUUGUUUUACAGCUAAACAGGUAUCGUUCUCUGGCGAGGAAAGUUCGGGAGCUGCAAGGGAGCAGACUGAUGCAGAGCGCUCUCUCUCGGCUGCAAACUCCCAUCACACCCCCGUCAGAGACGGAGGAGGAGAGGGAGAGAGAGGGGGAGGAGGCUUCUGAGAUGCCCCUGCAGCCAAGCACCACGGUCAGGCUGUCCUCCAGGAGGCUGUGGAGAGGCCUGCAGCAGAGUCCCCGUUUCACAAAGUUAGACCUGAACCUGCUGCAGCUGAUCAAAGCGGGGAAGGAGGGCGUCUUCUACCAGGCCAGGAUGACCAGAGGGACGUGUAAGGGCCACAGCAUGUUCACCUGCAAGAUCAGCAAAGAAGGAGUUCGUCCUAAAAGCGUGGAGGCCGAGGUUUCUAUCAUGAGGAAGCUGGUGCACCACAAGAACAUCCUGCAGCUGCUGGACUGGAACACCACUGAGGAGCCUUACAUCCUGAUCAUGGAGUACGUGAGCUACGGCACCCUAAGGACCUUCCUGCAGACCAACAGAGCUCACCUGAGUACAGACAGUGAGCUGCAGAGCCUCCUCACCAUCGCCUCCUACCACAUCGCUCUGGCCAUGCAGCACCUGCGCUCCAAAAUGAUCCUUCACUGCGACCUCGCUCUGAGGAACAUCAUGGUCAACAAGUUUCCCUGGGAGGUGAAGGUCGCCGAGUUCGGCCUGGCUCGAGAUUUGACGAGUAUGACGAGCCGACGAAGCAGCCGCUGGAGAAAUCCACGACAGCGUGUGCCGCUGCGCUGGUACCCACCCGAGUACUUCAAGAACAACUACUACAGCUUCAAGGGAGACGUGUGGGCGUUUGGCAUCGUGCUGUGGGAGAUGCAGACAUUCGGAACACUGCCGUACCCAAACCUGGAGACCUCAGACGCCGUGGUGUAUCACAUCUGUAUCGGUCAUAAGAACCCAAACCCAGAGGGCUGCAGGCCGGAGAUGCUUCACAUCAUGAGGGAUUGCUGGUUGGAGCCGUACACUCUGAGACCCUCGUUCUCGAACAUCGUCUGCAUGCUGGAGAACAUCAUUGAGAAUGACGCAGAUUACGUGGACGUCGAGAGUCCGCAGCAUUUGGUGAAAAAUGAAGGAGAAUAUCAUGAAGCUCAAUGUCUACGAGCGGCCAGCGUCUCCUUGGAGGAUCAAAACUGAUUAAUCUGAGUGAGAGAGGGGUAAAAAAAUGCUAGACAAAAAACACAAAAUCUUUAAAGUAACUGUAAAAAAAUGUAUAUUCAUUUUAAUAUUUCAGAUGUCUGGAAUAUAUUAUAUAAAUAACAUGUAUUACUAAGUUAAAUAGAUAUUUUUAUCGUUUAAACUGCAGAAGAGUUUAGAUUAUGAGGUUAGAGGUGUAAAUGCAUUUCAUUGCAGCUGAAACAGAGUGUGACUGUAAAUACCUUCCUGAAAAUGUGCUGAUGUUUAAAAUGUUAAAUGUCUGCAAAUAUAAAUAUAGGUUGUAAAUAUUUCAAGGUUUUAAACUGGGUCAUUUGUGUAAAAGAGGUGUAAGUUUUUGCAGUUGUGCAGAUUCAACUUUAGAUUUCCUCUUACAUCUUAAAUUAAAGUGUUAUUUUUUAACAUUUUU